GCAACCGUUGAGAGGGCUUUGCUUAUAAAAGGGGUGGGCUUGGUCCACCGGAAGCCUCCCUCCCCUCCCCUGCACGCGCUGCGCGAGAGAGACAGCAGGAGCUCCGCCGCCGCCGCCGCCUGCGCUUCCCUGAUCAGGUAAAAUUGAGAGCUCAGCAAAGAGAAGAAAAGGGAGGAUCUUUCUGGGAACUUGGAAAUUCCGGACAAGAUGCACUUCCUUGCAUCAUUUCACGGCCCUACAGGUUUAGAGUUAUCUGAUUUUUCGGGAUGGAUGCCAAGAAGUUCCUGCAGCUGGUUGAAGAUAAGAAAAAGAGAAUCCUUGAGAAGAAAGAAGCCCCACUGAAAUGGGAGCAGAAGCUGGAAGCAGCAGCUAAUGCAAAGGCUGAUGCAGAAGCAAAGAAGCUUAAGUCAAGAAAGCACAGGAGGAGAGGAGAUUCUUCCUCAGACUCUGGUUGUGAUUCCAACAGUGAUGUUGAUCGGAAACACAGGAAGAGGAAGGACCGCAGAAGGCACAAGAAGCACGGUCACUCUGACUCUGAUGAUGCCAGGAGACGCAAGCACAGGUCUAAAAGGAGGAGCUCAAGCUCAAGUGAUGAUAGUGACAGUGAUGAAUAUGAGAGUGCGUCUGAAGAAGAACGUCGAAGGAAGAAGCACUCACACAGGAGAAGGCAUCGUCGACAUUCUUCAAGGUCAGACUCUGAAGACUAUAGCAGUGAUGAUGAAGAGAGGAGAUCUACCAAGAAGGACCAUUCUUGGAGCCGCAGAUGCCGUCAUCAAUCAUCAGAUGACUCUGACACUGAGGACAAGGUCAGGUCGAGGCAUAGGAAGUGCCACAGAUUAAGUGAUGAGGAUGCACCAUCGGAUUCCAACAACAAAAAGCGUCAUAGAAGCCGAUCCUUGGAGGAGUCAUCUGAUGGCAGAGCUGCUGAUGAAUCCGAGAAGGCAAGAAAUAGCAAAAGGUCUCACAAGAAUAGCCACCAUCACCAUCACCACCGACAUCAUCACCAUCAUCACGAUCGCCGUAGUAAUUCUGCUGAACCUAACGACAAAAAGCAAAUCUUGAAUGAAUAGAAAGCCCUUGAAGGUGAAGAAUAGAAAGCCCUUGAAGGUGACAAUGUGGACUGAAGGAUAGAAGAUCCUCCAGUGGAACUAUCUGAGUGGUCUUUCGGCACGCAGAAAGAAUUGGAUUUUCUUUCUUAGUGUUACUGUUUCAGUUUAACUGUGUGGAUUCCGAACUUGUUGUACUAAUACAUUUGGCCGAGUUGAUGAUUGAACCUAUGAAGAUACUUGUUUGUUUCUA